AUGCUCUUCAUAUCCACCUAUGAGACACUGAGGCAGAGAAUAGCCUGGUUUCGAUCUCUCAAGGCAGAGCUGACUGUGGGAACCCAUGAACUUGUCGCCCCAGGACCCCACACUCUUCGCUAUGACCACCUAACCACUUCUCUGGAGGGGCCUGAGAAGAUCCUGGCUCUUGGAUACUUUAAUGAUAAGCUCUUCCUGCUCUACAAGGGGGACAGCAGGACAGCAGAGGCUUUGAGGCCCAGGAUCAAGGGACGUGCAGGAGCUGAGACCUGGGCAAGAGUGACUGAGGACCUGUGGAAGGAGCAACUCAGAGUGAUGCUGGCUGAGGUCACAAGGCAUAUAGGCCAAGACAGGGGAAAUCACACCAUCCAGAUGACCUUUGGCUGUGAGCUUCAGGGAAACAGGAGCACUAGGGGCUUCUGGCGCUUGGGCUAUGAUGGACAGAACUCCCUCACCUUUGACCAGAAGACUCUCACGUGGACAAUGGCUGUGCCCUCCACGAAGCAGACCAAGACCUUCUGGGAGAUAUGUGCACCCAAAGCCUCUCAAGUUAAGGCUUUCUUGGAGGACACAUGUCCUGCUCAGCUCCAGAAAUACCUAGCUUCCUCAAAGAAAUUUCUGCUGGAUACAG